AUGACUACUGUUCAGACGUUAAUCAACAUUGCAGUAAAGAAAGGAUGGGAUGUCUAUCAAUUGGAUGUGAACAAUGCUUUCCUCCAUGGUUAUCUAUAUGAGGAAGUGUAUAUUGAUGUCCCACAAGGUCUGAUGAUGGAGGAUAAAUCACUUAAACAAGGUGAUCAAUAUGUUUUUAUGGCAUUAUAUGUUGAUGAUGUGAUUCUUACUGGGACUGACUUUGAAGAAAUCAUAGCACUGAAGGCAUUUUUGCACAAUCAGUUUAAAAUAAAAGACUUAGGGAAGUUGCACAACUUCUUCGGAUUUGAGAUGCUUUAUAAAAAUGAUGGGGUAUUGAUUUUUCAGAGAAAAUUCACCACUGAUUCAUUGAAAGAAUAUGACUACUUGGGGUAUUCUCAUGUUUCCUCUCAACUUGACUCAUCAACCAAACUCAAAGCUGAAGAAGGUGCUUUGUUUGCUGAUCCAUCAUAUUACAGGAAGCUGAUUGGGAAGCUUAACUUCCUGACAAACACAAGAUUAGAUAUUGCCUACAAUGCUGAUCCUACCUUAGGGAUUUUUCUAUAUAAUGAUCCUUCCUAUGAAGUCACAACCUAUUGUGAUUCAGAUUGGGCUGCAUGCCCUGAUUCAAGGAGAUCUGUGAGUGGAUACCUUGUACUCCUAAGAACCAGUCCAAUCAGUUGGAAAUCAAAGAAGCAAACCACUGUCUCAUUGUCCUCUGCAGAAGCAGAAUACAGGUCUUUGAGGAAGGUGGUUGGUGAGUUAGUGUGGGUCAAGCGCUUAUUGGAAGAACUAACAGUCUUAUGUGAUGCCCCCAUCCCAGUCUUCUAUGAUAGUCAAGCUGCAGUGCACAUAGCUAAGAAUCCUGUGUUCCAUGAAAGAACAAAACAUAUAGAAGUAGAUUGUCACUUUGAAAGAGACAAGCUGCAAGAUGAUUUGAUUAUACUCCUUCAUAUUUCCACUAAUAACUAG